GUAAGAGUUAAAGUGACUUGCAGAAGUCCGGGAGCUGGACGUGGACUCAGUACCCCUUUCUGCCGGUGCUGGCUGCGGGGCGCUCAAGAGCCUGGACAGCGCCGGUGGGAAGAAGAGCAGGAAGGAGCCGAGGAAAGGAAGUGGUCAGCAGCCCCCCGGGUCCCAGAGAGCCCAUUGUGAUGCUGGCCAGGCUGGUGCUUGGGACCUCAUGCAGGGCGGCCCUAGGAUCAGUGGAGCCUGCUCUUGGCGGUUUGAAGUCAGCAUGGGGAAGCCAACAUUUUUGUUCCACUCUUUCUAAGGGUGUGACUUAUAGGGAACUAAAAAACCUAUUGAACUCCAAAGAUAUUAUGUUAAUUGAUGUUAGAAAUACAUGGGAAAUUCUUGAGCAUGGAAAAAUACCUGGAUCAAUCAACAUACCAUUGGAUGAGGUAGCUGAAGCUCUGCAGAUGGACCCAAGGGACUUCAAAGAGAAGUAUCGUGAAGUGAAGCCAUCCACAUCUGACCGCCUAGUGUUUUCUUGUUUAGCUGGAGUGAGAAGUAAGAAGGCUAUGGACACAGCGAUAUCACUGGGCUUUAACAGUGCUCAACAUUACGUUGGAGGAUGGAAGGAAUGGAUAAGCUAUGAAAGUUCAGAGAAGAAACAAGAAAGUUGACCUUUGGAACAAUAGACUCUGUGUUCAUAUAUGCAAGAAUGGUUGAUUAAGCAAAAGAAAAUCCCAGCCUUGGCACCAAAGGCUAAUAGAUUCUGUUUGACUACUUGGUGACUGUUUUGCUCAUCUGAGAACUGAGGGUGCUGCUCCCCUGAACAUUUUCAAAGACCACUGCACACUGAGAUAAUAUGAAUUGCCACUGAAAUAUAUAGAUUCUCCAGUUCAUUUUUUUUAUUCUUCUCUUAUGCAUUACAUCCGAAACCAGUUUCCCCUCCCUCUACAGUUAAUUUUUACGUAUUUUGGUAUUCCAUAAUCAACUUGUAUUAUCUAACCAUGUGUGAUCAUGGCUGUGAGCAAAAACACUGUGUCCCAAUUUUAAAUAAUAACUGAGCUUCUGGUUUGAGCCCCAGAUUUGUAGGUCCAGUACUUGAAAGAUGAAAGCAGAAAGAUUGCUAUGAGUCUGAGUCCAGAUGAGACUUUGGAGACCCUGUUUCGAAAGAAAAGAAUCUGGUGUCUGGAGAAGUCAACUCUACUCAGGAAAACUCAUUCACAGCAUCUGAAGACUCAUGGCAAUGUGUGGCCAGAAUAGUAACAAGGCAACUCAAUUUAAAAUUAUAAUUAUUGUGAGGAUAAAAAUCGCAAUGGGUUAUGACCAUGGAGGGCAAAGUAACCUAGAAGAGACCAGGAACAUUUGUGGGAUACUAGAGAUAUUCUAUGGCAGUGUCAGAAAUGUCAGCAGUGUGUGUCAAAACUCAUCAAAGCAAACAUAAAAAUAGGUGUUGUUACAACUUAUAUACCUCAGUUUCAAAACUAAUAAAAUAUUAUUCCUGUUUGA